AUGCUGGGUGCGCUUGUAAACAAGCCCAACCGGGUCCCAGACGUCCAGAGGCUCGUCCAGAGCUCACAUGAACCCAUCUACUACCGUCUUGCGCGCGGCAAGCUCUACGUCAGGACAUACUACGCCGGCUUUGCGCUUGGUAUGGCUGGUACAGCUUAUGGGAUCUGGUCGCUCAUCAAAGGCAAACCCGCAACUGAGUAG